GGAAGUAAGAUCUCUAGUGCAGAAAUAUUUAUUAUAAAAUAUAGUAAUAGUAUAAUUUCUAAAUCGGAACACAACAAUAAUAUACAACCAACCAAUCCACCACAUAAAACUAAGUACGCAAAACGCAAACAUUUUAGAAAAUAUAUUCAAAAAUAUAUUUAAAAGACGCGCGUGUGUGUGAGUUCAAAUAUAACUAACAGAAGAAGAACAUCAGCCCUUCAAGAGCUGCAACAAUAACAACGACAUCGUAGACGCAACGGCUAAAGGAUUUGCCAAACGCACAAAACUGGAAAAAUUCAAUGAAGCAGACUUCGAAUAAAACAAAGCAACCAGUAGAAGCCAAAACGUCAGCGUGACAGAUAGACAGCAACGAAAAAACGAGGCAUAGAAAAUAUAGAAACAAACAGGAGCGCACAACAACAUAAAGUCUAUAGAAAAUUUAAAGCAGAAAAUACCGCGCACGCACACAAAGCCACGUAGCAACAAAGCAUCCAUAGACGAUACUAAUUUAUAUAUAUAUACUAACUCUAUAUAUACAUAAAACAUUCAAGGCGCAUUUGGACACGGUAAAGAAAGCGACGGCAAUAAGAAAAAAUUCACAGCACAAGCACCAAAAGCGCUGAGCAAUCAAAAAGCAGCUGAAGCGCGGCAACAACAAAGCCAACAAAAGCAAACCAUAAGCCGUGGUCAAAGGACGGCCAUAGCUGCAGAUUUUCCUGUGUACCCUCGUUAGUAGAUAACAGCCUCAAGAUUCUGCCCUUCGGUGCAAACUUUCGUCUCGAGACGACACCAGCCGAGAUGCAUAAGAUCACAGCGGCUCCGGCUACGGCCACAGCGCCAGCUGGCACCCUGGAGGCGCCUUUAACGGCGCCUAAAUAUGGCACAUUGAUACCAAAUCGCAUAUUUGUGGGCGGCAUCAGUGGCGAUACUACCGAAGCCGAUUUGACGCGCGUCUUCAGCGCCUAUGGCACAGUCAAGUCCACCAAGAUAAUUGUGGAUCGCGCUGGCGUCAGCAAGGGCUACGGAUUUGUCACAUUCGAGACAGAGCAAGAGGCGCAAAGACUGCAAGCUGAUGGUGAAUGCGUGGUGCUACGUGACCGCAAGCUGAAUAUAGCGCCGGCCAUAAAAAAACAGCCUAAUCCCCUACAGUCGAUUGUGGCCACUAAUGGCGCCGUAUAUUAUACCACCACACCACCGGCACCUAUAAGCAAUAUACCGAUGGAUCAGUUUGCGGCUGCUGUCUAUCCGCCAGUUACUGACUUUACAGCCGCUGGAGUGCCAGCUAUAUACCCACCUUCAGCCAUGCAAUAUCAGCCAUUCUAUCAGUACUAUAGUGUGCCAAUGCAAUCACCUUUUGCAAUUUCACAGAAUGUACCCACCAUUUGGCCUCAGAAUUAUCAAGAAAAUGCACAAGCCGCAAGCAUUACAACUGCAGCAGGAAUGCCGCCACUCACACCAUCAAUCCAACAGGAAUCAUCAACAAAAUGGCCAAACAAAUACAAAACCUAUAAUCCAGAGCAAUCGAGGAAGUGGCGCAAGUCACCCUAGAAGCUGAAUCUGGAACAAAAAAAAUCUUUCAAUCAAACAAACUUUAUACGUACUGACAUCAUUAGCCGAUACUUAAUAUCGUUGCUGCUGUGGCUCGUGGUGGCGCGUGGGUUCCUGGAAGCCUCAUAGAAUACAUAUACAUACACAUAUACACAUAAGCAAAGCCACACAGCCACAAACAUCAAACCUCAAAUAAGAUCCUGUUUUAAGUUGUUCGAUAGUUCUGUUAAUUGAUGUUGAUUUCAAAUUGUUACUGUUAUUUGUUUGUAGAGUUCUUCGUUUAUAAUCCAAUUCUGUUUCCCGAGGCAAUUGCUUAAUCACCGUGAGGGUCAAGGAGCAGCAAGCCACAACGUCGUUUCCCCACUCCUUACAUUCUAUCUACUAUUUCCAAAAUAUUCGGAUCAAACAGUUCUUGAAAUAUACUCGCACUUCUGUCAUUGGUUAAGAGCUUGCGAGUCAGGCAUAUCCAAACUUCUUCAAAAUUCUAUGUGCCAUACACAACAGCACAACAGCAAUAUUCAAAGUCUCGCUGCUACCAUGGCCUUACCGGUGUUCGCUUAAAUGCCCGCAUUUGUUUCUCGAGGAGAACAAACAACACAAUGCCAGAGGGCGUACACACGCCUAUUAUCCAUCUUCUGCGCACAAUUCGGUGAACAUAUGAUAACAUGUUUCGGGCUUAAUGCUGCUAUAUACGACAUGUGUUCCGAUUCACACAAUAUCGAUCACAAAUUCGAUACUAAAACAAACAAAACCAACAGCUCGCUGUCCUCAAACCAUUCCAAUAAGAAUUUCAAUUAAUUUCGCGGCAAUAUCGAUUCGAAAUGUUUGCAAAAUUGAAAAAGUUUUCUCUGCAUCGUUACCAUUUGUGGCCUAUUCUUUCGAAGCAUACUAAAUUCAGUAUUGUAACAGUAGUUCAUCAAAAUUAUAUCAAGUUGAGGAGACACGGUAACACUAAACAACAGCACAAAUGAAACACAAUCGCAUCUGAAAUAUGUAAAAAAUAUGAAAAAAUAAAACUAAAAAAAAUAAAAGCCCGAAACAAAAAAAAACAAA